AUGCAACCCAGAAGGCCUCGCUUCUCCUUCGGGUCAAAAUGGCUGGCAGGUCUGCUGUUUCAGCAUCAGGCCGGUGGCUGGAUGGUAUUCGAAGCUCAGGUUGCUACAAUUUCUGCUAAUGGAGACAAAGAAAUUGGAACCAUCAUUUCUGAUGCAAUGAAAAAGGUUGGAAGAAAGGGUGUCAUCACAGUGAAGGAUGGGAAAACACUGAAUGAUGAAUUAGAAAUUAUUGAAGGCAUGAAGUUUGAUAGAGGCUAUAUUUCACCAUACUUUAUUAACACAUCAAAAGGUCAAAAAUGUGAAUUCCAGGAUGCCUAUGUUCUGUUGAGUGAAAAGAAAAUUUCUAGUGUCCAGUCCAUUGUACCUGCUCUUGAAAUUGCAAAUGCUCACCGUAAACCCUUAGUCAUAAUUGCUGAAGAUGUCGAUGGUGAAGCUCUAAGUACACUGGUCUUAAAUAGGUUAAAAGUUGGUCUUCAGGUUGUAGCCGUCAAAGCUCCAGGUUUUGGUGACAAUAGAAAGAACCAGCUUAAGGAUAUGGCUAUUGCUACUGGUGGUGCAGCGUUUGGAGAAGAGGGACUGACCCUAAAUCUUGAAGAUGUUCAGCCUCAUGACUUAGGGAAAGUCGGAGAGGUCAUUGUCACCAAGGAUGAUGCCAUGCUUUUGAAAGGAAAAGGUGACAAAACUCAAAUUGAAAAACGUAUUCAAGAGAUAACAGAGCAGUUAGACACCACAACUAGUGAAUAUGAAAAGGAAAAACUGAAUAAGCGACUGGCAAAACUUUCAGAUGGAGUAGCUGUGCUGAAGGUUGGUGGAACAAGCGAUGUGGAGGUAAAUGAGAAGAAAGACAGAGUUACAGACGCCCUCAAUGCUAUGAGAGCAGUUGUAGAAGAAGGCAUUGUUCUAGGGGGCGGCUGCGCUCUCCUCCGCUGCACUCCAGCCUUGGACUCUUUAAAGCCUGUUAAUGAAGAUCAAAAAAUUGGUAUAGACAUUAUUAGAAAAUCACUCAAAAUCCCUGCAAUGACAAUUGCUAAGAAUGCAGGUGUUGAAGGAUCUUUGAUACUGGAGAAGAUCCUGCAAAGUUCCUCAGAAGUUGGUUAUGAUGCUAUGCUUGGAGAAUUUGUGAAUAUGGUGGAGAAGGGAAUCAUCGAUCCAACAAAAGUUGUAAGAACUGCUUUAAUGGAUGCUGCUGGGGUGGCCUCCCUGCUAACUACAGAAGUUGUAAUCACAGAAAUUCCCAAGGAAGAGAAGGAACCUGGAAUGGGCGCAAUGGGAGGAAUGGGUGGUGGUAUGGGAGGGGGCAUGUUCUAAGUCCUAGAAUAGUGCUUUGCCAUUCGUAAUGAACUGUGACAGGAAGCUCAAGGCAGGAUUCCUCAUCGAUAACUUCAGAGAAGUCAGUUGAAGAAAAUGACUGAAGAAAAGGCUGGCUGAUGUUUAAGCAAAUCACUAUAACCAUCAGUUACUGGUUUUAGUUGACAAUAUAUACUGGUUUACUGCUGUCAUUUGUCCAUGCCUACAGAUAAUUUAUUUUGUAUUUUUAAUAAAAAAGACAUUUGUACAUUCCUGA